UAAGGCUUCUGAAGUUCACAAUAAAUGGAUUGAUAAAGAUGUUUGGAAAUAAAAGGUUCAUACUUUUUUUCUUUACAUUUGCAUGUGUUCUUAGCUCGUGUCAAUCUGUAGAUUGUGAUAUGGAUGAUUCUGAAGAUACAGGCACGUGCUAUUCACGUGAUCAAAAUUCCGAACAAGAACUGACCUUCAUUAAAAUGGAAGAUAUUCGACACCAGCAGUCGUGGUUUUCAGGUAUUUAUUAUACAAUAGUCGACGCUUUUGACAUUUUAAAGGACAAAUUAGUGCAAUCCAAAUUACCAGAACCAACUCAGCGCAAGAAGUCAGAGGAAAAUAGAUUUAAGACGGAAAACCUUGAUGAAAUGAUGGUUGCAGCUAGAGAAAUGGCAGAAGAAUUCUUUGCGGGUGAUGAACUUCAUAUGGCAACGUUAAAUGAUGCAUUAAAGGAGAUAAAACUUUCUGAAGAGGGAACAGACAUCAAAAAAGGCAAAGGCGAGUAUGAAUAUCCACCGGUUUACAGAAUAGAUCCCGGGAAUGUUGGCGAUGUCCAAACUGUAGAAAUAGACGAGGGUGUGCAAACAAAACUAAUCACGAAAGCAACACGUCCUCCUGUAUUUGAAAUACCAAACUUUCUUUCUGACAAGGACUGUGAUUAUAUAAUUGAAAAAUCCAGAGAGAAGGGGUUAAAUAAGAGUUCUAUGUUUGGAUCUAAAGACGAAACAGAAACUGGGAGACAUUUCGGAACAUUUCGAGAAAGUUUUUCAUCUUAUCUAAAGCAAGCAGAUGUUGGGGAAGAAUUUCUAAGCAGAUUACAUGACAGGGUGGCAAAGUUGCUCAGGUUGCCCAAGAGAAUUGUUCAAUGGAGUGAAAAUCUAGCCAUUGGAAUGUACAAACCAGGGGGACACUAUCAUGCUCACCAAGACUCGAAUGAAGCUAGUAGAGGUAUUCCCUGCUGUUUCCAGAAAGAAUGUUUUGAUUCAAAUGGAACGAAGACUACAUUUACAGAGUGUUGUAGAUUAUGCAGAUAUGUGACUGUUUUGUAUUACCUUAGCGACGUUGAAGAGGGUGGAGAGACGGCAUUUCCAUUCGCCGAUCUCUCGUACGGAGAUAUGGUAAAGAAAGGGAACACCGAUUGGCGGAAUCUCACUUCAAACUGCCAUUCUGCAUCAGCUGUAAUAAAGCCUGAAAAAGGAAAGGCGAUUAUAUGGUAUAAUCACCCUUUAGACAGUAGGGGAUAUAUAUCAUCCGUAGAAAAGCGCAGCUAUCAUGGGGGAUGUGAGGUUAUUAAAGGAACUAAAUGGAUAGCUACGAAUUGGAUUUCAACGCCGCCGUAUUCUGAAAGAUUUAUUCCAAGCAAACAUCGAGAUAUUAUUUAAAUCGUGCUACAAUUUAAUGAAGUGUUUAUAUAUUAAUUUAUUAUUAUUCUAUUUGUAUUCUAUUUGUAAACAAACAGACCAUAUAAUAUUACUAUUAUUACAUGU